UGAGCCUCGUAGAAGAAGAAGAACAGGCAGCUUCUCGUGAGGUCACAAACCCGGAAGUCAUGCCCGUCGUUCAUUCUACCGGUUACUUCUAAGUUAACCGCAUCUCAUGGUAGCGUUAUCCUCUGGACGCACAAGAGAUGCUGCUGCUGGUGCUGGGUGCCCUCCUCCUGCUCUUCUGCACUCUGGAUGUGUGGUACUUCCUACGUGGGGCCCAGGUGUUCGUAGAGGCAUGGUUCCAACCCCGGAUAUGGGACAUGCUUGCUGAGCAAACCAUUGAAGGCAUGGUCCUCCCCCAUGAUUUGGACUAUAUGGGCCACAUGAACAACUCCCGAUAUCUCAGGGAGUGUGACUUUGCGCGCUUUCACCAUUACAUGCGAAAUGGGCUGUUCAUGGCCUCACGCAAACUGGGGGCCAAGAUGGUGGUAGGGGCCUCCACUAUACGAUACCGGCGCUCCCUGGCUUUCCGAGAGGCCUUUGAGAUUCGGACCAAAGUAAUAGGAUGGGAUGAGAAGGCUUUUUACUUGGAGCAGCGCUUUGUGUCCAAGAGAGAUGGUUUCGUGUCUGCGGUCAUGCUCUGCAGGCAAAACGUGGUUAGCUGCAGCCCGGAGACAAUCAUUGAAUAUGUCUGCAAAAGGAAGAUCGAGUGCCCCGAGUUUCCCGAGGACCUCAAACACUGGAUCAGCUACAUCUCAGCCAGCAGCCAGGCCCUGAGAGCCGAGAGCGGCCUGGAAGAGAAGAACAAGUGAAGCCGCACCGUGACACCGUGUAUCAUGAGUGUAGACCCACAUAUCAUUUGCAUUGCACGCACACAUAGGAAUGAAAUACAUACUCACACACAAACAGUUACAACAUUGUAGAGAGUUUUUAGUUGACUUACCAGAUUCCAUUUAUCUCAGUCUUACCUGCUGUGUAUUUUUGUAUGACGUGAACAGAAAUACUGAACUUGGGACCGCUGGAUAUGAAAACUUGAACUUUGAGGUAUUCCAUUGUUUUGAAAUGCACAUACUAUACGCACUGGGAUCAUUUUGAAAGUUUUUCUCUCUGAAGAAAGUGAUACAAUAACCUAGUUUUAUCUGUGCAGCUUAUUCAGCACUUGACUGCGAACAGACUGGCUUUCAUUCUCAUUUAGCAAACCGAUCGACUUCUGAUCCGCAUGUAGAGCAAAAGUUAAUCCUUCACUGACAUCAAUGCAUGCCGAAAAACAAACAGAGGAAUAUUUUUGUGCCUGUUUACUUGAUUAGCCGUAGCUUCCACUUAGACUCUCAUGAAUUAUAACUUUCUAAGGAAAAAAAGUAGGCGUGUUGCAAUACUUGAAUGAAUAUCAUGAAUAUGUUCUGACUACUUUUUUGAUCUUCCCAUCAGCAUUUUGCACAAAGAAACCCACUGAAAUCCUAUCAACAAUCUGAAAGGGAUUAUUUGAUUUUAAGGGAUCCUUUUAUCAGUUCUUUUACUGACUCAAUGAUUCUUGCAUUUAAAAGGGAGGCUUCUGGAUUAGAUUUGCAUGUACUUUUUAGAGAAAGUCCUUGACUCCAGACAUGAGAGGAAAAUGCUAAUAAGAGGAAGCUGGAUACUGUUUUAAAUCUUCAACGCACAAUAAAUGCUAAUGCUAGGAAUGAUGUAAUAUGAAAGCCUUUUUGAUCUAGAACCUUCCCUUUGAUACUUUAAAGCUUUAGUUUAUGACCAAAGUAAUGUAUUGUUCUGUUUGAAGAUGGAAAAGAAAUCAACUCAUAAACAUGUGUCUUUCCUGUCAUGUGUGUUUGAAUGAUACUUACAUAAACAAUCCUGUUCAGUUA